UCUGUCAAUACAAAUCUCGAGGCGCCAAAAAAACACUGCACAACCGGCGAUUACCGAUUCCCUCUCAGCGACUUUUCCGAUUAACGACUAACACAAACAAAAAUGCUGAUCAGAGCCCAAAGACUCCCUAUGUCUCCUUUCUUACCACAAAAUCCGAUUAAAUCUAACCAAACACUGAUCCGUUGUCUCGGCGGAGACUCGGUGCUAACUCAGAGAAAACUCAGUGGGAUCACCACAGCUACUCCCGUUUUCCAGGGAAAUCCGGUGGUGACUCGUCGGGAAAUAAAAGUAGAGCGGAUUACGAGGAAGUGCGUCGGAAUUGUUGGGGAAGCAGAAGAAGAAGAGGAGGAGAAGAAGAGAGGGGAUCUGGUGAAAGAGAGCGUAUGGGAACAAAUGAAAGAGAUCGUGAAGUUCACAGGUCCGGCGAUGGGGAUGUGGAUUUGUGGACCGUUGAUGAGUCUCAUCGACACGGUGGUGAUCGGCCAAGGAAGCUCUGUCGAACUCGCCGCUCUUGGACCGGGGACAGUGCUAUGCGAUCACAUGAGUUACGUCUUCAUGUUCCUCUCCGUGGCUACAUCCAAUAUGGUCGCUACUUCUCUUGCCAAACAGGACAAGAAAGAAGCACAACAUCAGAUCUCUGUCUUACUCUUCGUUGGAUUAGUUUGUGGACUAAUGAUGCUUUUGCUCACAAGAUUAUUCGGACCUUGGGCUGUUACUGCUUUUACGAGAGGGAAGAACGUUGACAUUGUACCUGCUGCCAAUACAUAUGUUCAGAUUCGAGGCUUAGCGUGGCCGUUUAUUCUCGUUGGAUUGGUUGCUCAAAGCGCAAGUCUUGGAAUGAAGAACUCAUGGGGACCUCUCAAAGCAUUAGCAGCAGCAACGAUUAUUAACGGUCUUGGAGAUACAAUUCUAUGUCUGCUUCUUGGACAAGGUAUCGCUGGAGCUGCUUGGGCAACAACUGCCUCUCAGGUUGUUUCAGCUUUUAUGAUGAUGGAUUCGCUGAACAAAGAAGGCUGCAAUGCUUACUCCUUCUCGGUCCCUUCACCGCAAGAACUAUGGAAGAUCUCUGCACUCGCAGCACCUGUCUUUAUCUCAAUUUUCUCCAAGAUUGCUUUCUAUUCUUUCAUCAUUUACUGUGCUACCUCCAUGGGAACUCACGUUUUGGCCGCUCAUCAGGUGAUGGCUCAGACGUUCAGGAUGUGCAAUGUAUGGGGUGAGCCACUCUCUCAAACGGCUCAGUCAUUUAUGCCCGAGAUGUUAUAUGGUGCGAACCGUAACCUUCCCAAGGCUAGAACGUUGCUCAAGUCCCUAAUGAUUAUUGGAGCCACGCUUGGAUUGGUCUUGGGAGUUAUCGGAACUUCGGUUCCGGGACUGUUUCCUGGUGUUUACACACAUGAUAAGGUUAUCAUAACCGAGAUGCAUAGAUUGCUUAUACCUUUCUUCAUGGCGUUGUUUGCAUUGCCUAUGACAGUAUCACUAGAGGGUACACUGCUGGCCGGACGUGAUCUCAAAUUCGUCAGCUCGGUAAUGAGUUCAAGCUUCGUUCUUGGCUGUCUCACACUAAUGUUUGUGACACGAAGCGGCUAUGGUUUAAUCGGGUGCUGGUUUAUUCUCGUCGGAUUUCAAUGGGGUCGGUUUGGCCUGUAUCUACGGCGGCUUCUUUCACCUGGAGGCAUACUUAAUACGGAUGAGCCGAGUCCAUAUACGGUGGAGAAGAUCAAAUCAAUUUAAGUCUCAGUAUGAUUUGUUUCCAAGUUUUUGCCAACUAUAUUCUAGGUUCUAGGCUCUACGUAAAUUCAAAGCAUAAUAAUAAAUAAAAAACCUAUAUGUAUAAUAGUUCCAUGAAAAAAAAAACUUGGAAUUCACACUUUCACAGUCCCGAGUCCUAAUUAAGAAAUUAUAUUAAGUCAAAA